AAAAAAGACCUCCAAGAAAAACAUUUUAUUAGUGUCGUAGUUGAACAUUGUCAGGGUAACACUUAGCUUUGGAAACUAAGCAAAAUGAAGCCGAUUACUGUGACAGCUUUCAUCGCGCUGAUCCUUUGCGCUGCGUAUAUCCCUGAGGCUGUUUCUGAGGAAGGUACGACGGAAGCCCCUACGACCACCCACGCUCCUACGACUACCCCUGCUCCUACCACCACCACCCCCAAACCUACUACUACCACCCCCAAACCUACUACUACCACCCCCAAACCUACUACUACCACUCCCAAACCUACCACUACCACCCCCAAACCUACUACUACCACCCCAAAACCUACUACUACCACCCCAAAACCUACCACCACUCCCAAACCUACAACCACCACCGCCAAGCCAACCACCGAAGCACCACCUAAAUGCGGUCCACGCGAGUAUCCUACCGAUUGCGUCGAAUGUCAAGUAUCGUGCAAGCACCCUUACCCCAUGUUUUGCAGAAAGUCCAAGAAAUGCACCAAAGGAUGCUCGUGCAAAGUAGGCUUCCUCAGAAACAAGGAUAACAAGUGCGUGACCCUUGCUGGUUGCUUCAUGGAGGGUCUCUCGUAUGGCUUUGCCCAUGUAGAGUAACGAGCAGCCGUGUCCAGUAAAGAAGAACGAACAUCCGUAAUCUUAUAUCUUGUCUAAAGUUACGUGACUGUUCGUUUACUUUAUAUAAAAAAAGAAGAGAAUAUGAAUAUAAAAGUUGUGUAAUUUGUUAUUCUUCAUCGUAUAUUCAGACGUAUAAAUGGAUAUAUUACGUCGAUGUUAAGAUAAAGAAACUGAAAAGUUCCUCGUUAA